AUGGGUGAUAACCUGGUGUACGCCGUUCGAUCAAGUCAAGGCUUCUACCUGAAGCGUGGGUUGGGCACAGACGCAGUAACAGUUUUUGAGCAGAACAAUAGUUCAAAAGAAGUUGCUUGCAAUGUAUUCGCCUACAGUAACAACGGACAGCUGUUCGCCUACUGCGAUAAUCAAGUAACACGGGUAUUCGAGAUCGCCACAAACAAAGAAGUCUUAUGCCUUGAACUGAAAAGAACUAGGAAGAUUCUGUUCUCGCCCAAGGACAACUUUCUGCUGACGUUUGAGCCAUGGGCAAUUUAUGGCGCAAAGACCUCAGAAAACCAAAAACCAGAACCGAAUGUUCGAGUUUACAGUCUUGCAGACGGUAAGCACGUCUCCACUUUCUCGGCUCCUAAAGAGUCGUCGUGGGAGCCUCAGUUUUCUGAUGAUGAAACGCUGGCAGCAAGAAUGGUCGGAAGCGAAAUUUUCUUCUACACUAACAUGUCUUUUGAACGUUAUGAUCACAAACUCGUGGAGAAAGGUGCCACAAGCUUCGCGUUGAGUCCUGGAUCAGCUCCAAAUCAUGUCGCUGUUUACGUGCCAGCAGUUUCAUCGAAUCCGGCUCGUGUGCGUGUUCAUAAAGUCUCCGCCAGCUUCCCAGUCGUCGCCAAUCGCACUUUCUACAAAUCCGACAAGGCUGUUGUUACCUGGAAUCAACGUGGAAAUGCACUCCUGAUUUUGGCAUCUGUUGAUGUCGAUAAGACGAAUCAAUCCUACUACGGAGAACAAAGUCUGUUUCUGAUCAAUAUCCAAUCCGGAGACUCCGUGAUUGUUCCACUGGAAAAGCAAGGACCAAUUUACGCAGCGAAAUGGAAUCCAAACGGACGCGAAUUUGCUGUUUGUUACGGUUACAUGCCGGCGAAAGUGACAUUCUAUAACCAAAAAGGAGUUCCAAUCUUCGAUCUUCUCGAAGGACCCCGAAACGAUGUUUUCUACAAUGCCUUUGGAAAUAUCGUUUUGAUUUGUGGUUUUGGCAACAUCUCGAAGGGAAAAAUGGAGUUCUGGGAUGUGGAAAACAAAAAAGAGAUCAUCUCUAUUGAAGUCCCGAAUACAACACUCUUCGAUUGGGCUCCUGACGGUCAGCAUUUCGUCACGUGUACCACCGCACCACGUCUCCGUAUCGAUAACUGCUACCGCUUCUGGCAUUAUACGGGUCGGAUGCUUGCUGAGACACAUUUCGACUCUCCAAAGGAAGAACUUUGGGAAGUGAGGUGGCGUCCAAUGAUGGGAUACAACAAGUUCGCUAUCAAGGAGCUCACCAAGACCGACAAGAUGGCUGCUGGACUCCCCAUCAAGAAGAAGGAUGCGUCUCAUCCAUUGAACAACGUACCAGCUGGAGCUGUACGUCAAGCUGGUGCUUACAUUCCACCUCAUCUCAGAAAACCGCUAGGAGGUGGUGGAUCAGCAGGACCUCCAACAGCUGUCCCAGUAGCUCCAACAAAUGGUAACCAAAAUCAGCGACCACCACAACGUUUCAACGCAAACGGAAACGGGAAUGGAAAUGCUCCUCAACCAUUCCGACCACAACAAUCAGAACAGGACCGAAAACUCUUCCAGCUUAAAAAGAAGGUUGAGGAGAUUAAAGUUCUCAAACAAAAAGUGGCAAACGGUGAUCACCUUCAACCAAAUCAAUUGGACAAGAUUAAGCGCGAAGAAGAGUAUAUCGCUGAUAUCGCCAAGUUGUCAAUUUGA